AUGGCGCACAUGCCUAGUGGGCUAGGUAUCGCUCCGAGUUUAGUUCUUUCACGUGGACUCCUUGUAUGCGCUGCCUCAAUUCGGAUGGCUCACACUGCCCAAGCUCUGAUCAUGCGGUUCUGGGAGCUUACCAUGAAACCAGACUCGCUCAACAUUCUGCCCAUUGUCAUUGGUUACCCCCUCAAGUACGCGUCAUUCAUUCACCUGUUCUUCUCACCUCGUACACUUGGUUCCAACUCGAAGCUCAGCAUCGCAAUCUUAUCAUCAUCCAUCCUUGCGUUUCCACUUGCUCUCCCCAUCUCACACCACCUUGAGAUUCCUUUGGAUCCAAUUGGUCUCACUUUAGCUCUGCCCUUCUUUGUGCGCAAGGUUUGGCUUCGAUAA